AUGAAUAUUGAAAAAGGUAAUAAAGAGAAAAAAGCUAAACAAGAUGAAAGAAGAAGAAAAACUAGUGCAGGGGGUGCACCUAGCAAGGUCAUCAGCACAAAAUUUAUGGAAUUGGAAGGUGCUGAAGAAACUGAAAUUGCAGCGCAAAUAACUGUGCCCACAGACGGCGGGUGGGGUUGGGUUGUACUCAUAGCUGCAUUUGGAUGCGCCUUUAUAAUGGAUGGGUGUGUUUUCACUUUUGGUGCGUUACUCAAAGACAUCAGUAAAGACUUUGAAAUUUCAGACGCCAUGACUGCAGUCGUCGGCUCCUUGCAAUACGCAGUAUACUUAAUGCUAAGCCCAAUAGCUUCUGCUUUUAUUAACAGAUUUGGAUUCCGAGUUUGCGGAAUGUUAGGAAGUGUAAUAUGCUGCUAUAGUGUUCUGGGAUCAUCGUUAGCGAAGGGAAUAGCAUCGUUUUUUUUUCUUUACGGUUUUUUAUAUGGAGCCGGGUGUUGUUUUAUAAAUAUGGCCUCGGGUUUAGUUACUGGAUUUUAUUUUGAAAAAUAUCGGAAAAUGGCCAUGAUUUUUGUAUCUGCUGGAACUAGUUUCGGUAUAAUGCUGCUGUUUCCUUUGAAUUUGUUACUCUGUAACACAGCUGGUUGGCGUUCUACGAUAUUACUACACAGCGGUUUACUUGGUUUGACUUUUUUCUUUGCCUUAACCUUCAGGCCUCUACUUUCUUUGACUAUUACAAAAAUAGAAGCAGCAGAAGACGAACCCACGCGGACAGUAGCCUUCUUACCGACGAUAGCGGGAAAUAUACCAGCAGACGGGAAGGAAGCUCAAGCUAAUAAAACGGAACGCUUGUUUGGUGCAGUGUCUAAUGCUCGCUUUCCGACAGCUGCCGCUGUAAUUCAAGAGGAAACUGCGAGAACUACAGCUGGACCGUCGCAAAGGCAGGGAGUGUCGAGAAUUACACUAUCUACUGUACAAGGCGUUAGCAAAGCUCAAUUAAAUCAAGUAAAAUCAAUGAUAUCAAGAGGCGUAGUAAGUGAUCAACCGCCUGUGGACAUUCACAUUAAAGUAGUGGAGCCUGAACAAAAAAAAUCUUGCUGGGGGAAUUUGUGCAAUUGGCAAACUCAUUUGCCACACGCCCGACCAAUGUACAGGGAUGAUGCCUUCUAUGACGGGAAGAUACAAAAACUACCACAAUAUCAAAAAAGUAUAGCAGAUGCUGGGGAUGCGCAAACAGGGCUGGAAUACCAGAUGGCUGUGUCCCGAGCCGUUACACUAAACGAUCUGCAGGAUCAACGAGGAGUGUUUACCACUGCUGUUAGAAGAAUUUUGGUGACAAUGUGCGACGUUGAGCUCUUAAAGAAAAAAUCUUUCAUAAUUUAUUCUCUUUCCGGCGCAUUUAGUUAUAUGGGUUUUAAUAUUCCGUACGUUUAUUUACAAGAUAGAAAUCUGUCCGCCGGUGUUGACGCUGUACAUUGCACCUAUUUUGUGAGUGUAAUAGGAUUUGCUAAUGCAUUUGGUCGUUUGAUUUGGAGUAUGAUAGCAAUCAAAGUAAGGCCCUUGUACCUGUACAUAAUAGGCUGUUGCCUUUCUGGUAUAAGUACAGCUGCCUCAGGAUUAUCUUAUCAUGUGAUUUACCAGUAUGCCUACAGUUUUAUAUUUGGGUUUAACGUGUGUGUGUGUACCUGUAUGAGAAGUCUUAUUAUAGUCGAUUUGUACGGUUUGGAACGAUUGACAAAUGCCACUGGGUUGUUGUUGUUAUUUUUGGGUGUAGGUAACGUAUUUGGUACUCCAAUAGCUGGUGCCAUUAAGGAUGUAGUUGGCUACGACGUGGCCUUCUAUUAUUCAGGUGCUUCAAUGAUAUUGGCCAGUAUUUUUGGAAUAUUUGUUCGUUUAGUCGAAAAACCAGAUGACAAAAGUGUUACUAAAGUACACAAACCGGUAGAUAAGCCUGAGGUUAUAGAUAAACCUAAAUAUCCAAAAGACGCGAAAUUAAAAAGUAAGGGUAUUAGUUCACUUUCACUUCCAAGACAGGAAUCAUUUAUGCAACCUAUGUCAGCAACGCCCUCAGUGAAUGUAACACAACCUAUGCAAGUAACGCAAACUACUCAGGUAAUGCAACCUACUCAAGUAAUGCAACCUGAUGCGCAAGUAAUGAAACUUACGUCGUCAGAAAUACAACCUGCGCUUGUAAUACAAUCUUCAUUAAUAACUGAAUCUGUUCCAAUAACGCAACCUGCGUCCGUAACGCAAUUAACAAAAAUAACGCAACCUGUGCCAGAACAUCCAUCUACAUCGUACCAAUCGCCACCAAAAAAGCUCCUUGAGCAGUAA